UUGACAGCACCGAAUGGGUGAUGAAUCUCGGGUUGAAAAGCGACCCAGGGAGGUCGAUGGCAGUGAUGGGGAAGAGCUGAAGAGGACCAAAACACACGAGGAAGAGUUUGAUGAGCUGUUUGAAGAUGGAUAUUUUGAUGAACCAGUUGAGACUCCAGAGGAAAGCGCCCGGAAAGAAUUCGUCUCCGGCUUGUCUGAGAAUGGCUUCCGAGUGACUGAGGAGGAGUUGUUGGACCUUCUGAGUGCCCUGAAGGACAAGGUUCCCAGCUGGGGUGUUGCGGUGGAACGACGUUGCCUGGGUUUGUUCCUGGGGUGCAUCGCUAGAUCUACCAGGUCCUGUCGCAUAGCGUUUGUGGCCCAAGACGGUCUGAAGCUCAUUGGCCAAGUGCUAAAGGAAGCAGUGGAGCGCUUGGAAGCCAAUGAGAAUCGAGAAGAAGCGGGAAUGUUGGUAUUAGCAUGUCUGGCAUGUUUGAAAGCCUUGCCACUUGGAAGGGCCUCUUUAUGGGAGCACCGACAAUCGAUCGGUAAACCCUUCGACGGCUUGCACAAAUGGUGCGCGAGUCAAAAGUCGGCGCUGGCCGCCGAGCUUCGAGCGCCCACGCUGGAGCUCUGUGCCCGCUGGCGCCGGCAACCGAAACCCGCCGCACAGGAGCAGAGCCCGGAGGACAAGGCCAUGCGCCGACGCGUGGUGGACCUCAUUUCACAGGGCUUGUCAGGUCUUGGCGCUCCCUCACCCACCUCCCCACAGAAGUCUCCCGUGGGGCCGCUGCCAUCGCCUGCGCAACUGCCGAAUAAUCUGGUGGCCGCUGAGGUGGAAAACCUGCUUUGGGGCCGCUAUGGCCGUGCCAAGGCACACGAAUAUCGUCACCAUGCGCGGAUGCUGCGGACCAACCUGUCCAAUGCCGGGAAUGCGGAGCUGCGUGCGCGAGUUCUCUCUGGGGAGCUCAAACCCGAGGAGCUCGUUUCGAUGGAUUCCAACGCCUUGGCUCCGGAAGACAUGCGGAAGCGGCGCCAGGAAGCUCAAGAAAAGGCCAUGAAGGAAUCGAUCGUAGAGGAGUUGGUCCCUCUGCGCGGGGAUGGAGUGUCGGACAACGACCACUUCUUUGACCGGGGAGCUGACCAAAACACUGCCCCUGCGGUGUGGGUGAGCCCUUCCAAAGAAAAGAACCGGGAAGAGAAGGAGAAGAAGGAGCAGGAGGCGGCCGCACUGCCCAUGCUCCCACCCCCCACUCCCUUCACCAUGACCGUCCCGGCGCCCGCUCCCGUGGAUGUGAGCACUAUCGAGAUCAUGCCGACCCCGGGACCGGAUGACGAUGACGAAGACGAGUUGAGCGUCCUCCGUUUCUUAUCAGCAGCGCCAUAAGCCUGCGCCCAGAGACUCUGAGUUAAAAGAGGUCGCCUUGAAA